GUUGUGUGGUGCGUGCGAUUUCGACAGUGCUCCAACGAGUGGAGCACGGCAGCGAUGCGCAAGAAUCGGGCUCCGACCGUCGUCUUAGGACUUGGCGCGCCACACAUCUCGCGGUGGGUUGGGUUCGUUUGGUAGCCCAACUACCUCGCGUCUCCUCGGCUCUUCCUCAUCGCUUACGCUACGCAUCGCGGCAAUGGCAGGCGGCGGCGGGCGGCGAGGGUGGAGCCCGUUCGACGCGAUCCGCAGCUUCCCGUCGACGCCCGAGUCGCUCAUGUCGCAGAUCGACGCGGCCAUCGCCUCCACGGAGUACGCUCGCGCCUGCGCCCUCCUCGACCCCGACUCCGCCCCCGCCUCCGCCUCCUCGCAGCCGCAGCCCACGCCCGGGGAGGGCGCCGCGGCCUCCCCUCCGGCCUGCUACGACGAGAGGGUCGCGGACGAGGCGUACCGUGCGUCGUGCGCGGCGCUGGGGGCGGGGCGGCCGGACGCCGCCGUGCGGUCGCUGCGGGUGGCGCUGGCAAGCUGCCCGCCGGAGAAGACCGCGGCCGUCGCCAAGGUGAGGUCCAUGCUGGCCAUCGCGUCCGCCCAGCUGCACAAGCAGCAGCACCAGGCGCAGCUGAGCAGGAAGUGAGGCGCUGCUUCUCGAUCGUUGCAGACUGCCGAUGUGAUUAGAUCUCAUCAAGACAUGAUUAGAUUAGAUUAGAUACAUUGAUGUUUCAAGUUAGUAAAUGCGUUCUGUUCUAAUUGCACCGGCAGCAAAUUAUAGAAGGGAACUUGCUGUGUAUCCCACUGCGAUCUGCCGCCAAUUUAGAUAGUCUCUGAGCUAGUUAUUGCCCACAAUCCAUUUGAGAGCAAAUCUCAUCUUUUUCUGAGGUAUGUGCAAGUAUUCAUUCUGCUGCUGUGAUGGAGGGGGUGCUGCAGCCGUGUAAGCUGAUGUUAUAUCGACAGAAUUUGGCAUUCAUCCGCCCGGGCAAAGGUUGAAAAAA